ACACGGCUCGGACGCGGCGCCAUGCGCGGGCCCCCUGCCUGGCCGCUGUGGCUGCUCGUGAGGCGGGGCCCGCUCGCCUGUGCAUGGACACCUGCCGCCCGCGCACCAGUGUCCUGGCCGCAGCCGACCGACCUGGGGCCGCCACGGCUUUGGGGCGCGGGGCCAGGGCUCCUCGGGGUUGCGGGAGCCGCGCGAAGCCCGCACCGCUGGACAAGCAGCUGCCAGGGCGGGGGUCCUGGGGGUCCCGGCGGCCCCGGCGGCCCCGGCGGCGGAGCGGGCCUUGCGCGGCUCCUGGGGCUGUGGACGCGGCCCCCCGGCGGCCCUCGGCUCCCGAGCGCCGUGCUCCCUGGCGGACCAGCCGUCGCCGCCCGCGCAGGGGGACAGGCCUGGCGGCGCGAGCGGGCAUUGCCUGCGGCCGCGGCGGCCCCUAAAGACGACUCACGGCUGCGCCCCGCGGCGGCCGGGCGCUCGGAGGCCCAGAAGCUCCUGGGGCUGGCGUAUCCUGAGCGCUGGAGGUUGGCAGCUGCGGUGGGGUUCCUAGCCGUGUCCAGCGUCAUCACCAUGUCUGCUCCCUUCUUCCUGGGGAAGAUCAUUGACGUCAUUUAUACAAACCCCACUGUGGACUACAGCAGCAGCUUGACCCGCCUCUGCCUGGCGCUCAGCGGCGUGUUCUUGUGUGGUGCUGCAGCCAACGCUGUUCGUGUCUACCUCAUGCAAACUUCAGGUCAGCGCAUUGUGAACAGGCUGAGAGCUUCGUUAUUCUCCUCCGUUCUGAGGCAGGAAGUUGCCUUCUUUGACAAGACUCGCACAGGGGAAUUGAUUAACCGCCUCUCCUCAGACACUGCGCUGCUGGGGCGCUCGGUCACUGAAAACCUCUCGGAUGGGCUCAGGGCCGGGGCCCAGGCCUCUGUCGGUAUUGGCAUGAUGUUUUUUGUCUCACCUCAUCUGGCCACUUUUGUUUUGAGUGUGGUGCCUCCAGUGUCCAUCCUUGCUGUGAUUUAUGGACGAUAUCUACGGAAACUAACCAAAGUCACUCAGGAUUCCCUGGCACAGGCCACUCAGCUAGCUGAGGAACGUAUUGGAAAUAUAAGAACUGUUCGAGCUUUUGGGAAAGAAACGACUGAAAUAGAGAAAUAUGCCAGCAAAGUGGACUUUGUGAUGCAGUUAGCGAGGAAAGAGGCAUUUGCUCGGGCUGGCUUCUUCGGAGCGACUGGGCUCUCCGGGAACCUGAUUGUGCUUUCUGUCCUGUACAAAGGAGGGCUGCUGAUGGGCAGUGCCCACAUGACAGUGGGUGAACUCUCUUCCUUCCUAAUGUAUGCUUUCUGGGUUGGACUGAGCAUUGGAGGGCUGAGCUCAUUCUACUCGGAGCUGAUGAAGGGCCUGGGUGCCGGGGCACGCCUCUGGGAGCUCCUGGAGAGAAAGCCCGAGCUUCCUUUCGACGAGGGGCUCAUCUUGGAUGAAAAAAGCUUCCAGGGUGCUUUGGAGUUUAAGAACGUGCAUUUCACAUAUCCUGCUCGCCCCGAGGUGCCCAUAUUCCAGGAUUUCAGCCUUUCCAUCCCGUCAGGGUCUGUCACUGCACUGGUUGGCCCAAGUGGUUCUGGCAAAUCAACAGCGGUUUCCCUCCUGCUGAGGCUGUACGACCCCAUUUCUGGAACGAUCAGUCUCGACGGUCGUGAUAUCCGCCAGCUAAAUCCAGUCUGGCUGAGAUCCAAGAUUGGGACAGUGAGUCAGGAACCAAUUUUGUUUUCUUGCUCAAUUGCUGAGAACAUUGCUUAUGGUGCAGACAACCCUUCCUCAGUGACCGCCGAGGAGGUAGAGAAAGUAGCUGAAGUAGCCAACGCAACUGCUUUCAUCCGAAGUUUCCCCCAAGGGCUCCACACCGUGGUCGGAGAGAAGGGCGUUCUCCUUUCAGGUGGGCAGAAACAGCGGAUUGCAAUCGCCCGUGCUCUGCUUAAGAAUCCCAAAAUUCUUCUUCUUGACGAAGCAACCAGUGCACUGGAUGCUGAGAAUGAGUACCUGGUACAAGAAGCUCUAGAUCGACUAAUGGAAGGAAGAAUGGUGUUAAUUAUUGCCCAUCGCCUCUCUACCAUCAAGAAUGCUAAUAUGGUGGCUGUUCUCGACCAAGGAAAAAUUAUCGAAUGUGGGAAACAUGAAGAACUGCUUGCAAAACCAGAUGGGCUAUACAGGAAAUUAAUGAACAAACAAAGUUUUGUUUCAGCAUAAAGAAGCAACUACUGGCAAAUUGAAUAUGAGAGACUUUAAAGCAAAACACCAUUGCAGGGGGGGAAUUUCUUAAAGAUGGUGUGGCAUCUGUAAAUCGUACUUCAAAUUAUUUGAAAUAUGCCUAUUUUUCCCAAAGUAUAUAAACUAUUGUUUUGAGAUAAAGUUGUUCUCAAGACCUUUUUAUUCAGGGUUUUAAUAAUUAUAACUUUCUAAAUGUCUAUAGCACUGAAGUUAUUUUCAGGUUUUGUACUUUAUUUUAUCUUGGAAUACUUUAAUAUAGCAUAGCACCUCAUUUUUUUAACCUGCUGUUAUAGAUUGAAGCUAUUGUCGAAUGACAACUUUUAAAAGGGAAUUAUAAAUUAAAAGGCCUAAUUAUUUUAGGCCAGUUUGCCAAUCACUAUAAUUCUCUUGGUACUAUUCUACCCACUUUGGGUUGAAUAUUACUAGGAGGCGUAAUAGAAGAUGAAAAUCUAACUGUUUAUUUUAUCCUUGUACUCUUGUGAAGUGAACCUGAGCAUUAUACAUACAGAAAUAGUUAAUAUCACAUGGUGAGAAGGGAACCUUGACAUUCUCCAUCUCCUGUGUCUUCAGAGGUGUGAGAGUUUAGGAGUCUCUGUCCCUCUGGGAUGAGACUGUGUUUGGAUGUGUGUGGUUUUUCACAUUUUGGCACAUGAGAGCCCGGUGAGUUUUAAAAGGAGAAGAAGAAGCCCCAUAUUUGGCUAGGAAAGCUUCUAUUUUCGUUAUUUACAUAUUUCUUUCUAUGAGUGCUGUGGGAAGUAAGGUGUGAACUGCCAGGCAUUAUCAAGAAAGAUGUAAAUGAAUUUUACAUUAUGUUGUCUCAGGCAUGUUUUGAAAAUUAUAUUUUAAAAAUUUAUAAUUCUUAAAACCAAAUUUUACAACCGUUUAUCACUUAUUUAAAUACUUUUGAAAUUUUAUUAAAUGAGGCUAAAAUCUGAAUAAUAUAACUAAUUUUCAACUUUAAAACAUUUGAAGAAAGUUUAGAAGUUCUUGUUAUUCUACAAAAUAUCAAGAAACCUUAAGAACUUGUCAGUCUUCUGAAAAGAGGACAUUAAUAACCUUUUUUCUUUUAUGAUUAUAGUUUUAGUCACCUAAAUGCCUCAAAAUUCUUUUUGUAAAAUAUGUUUAUUGAUUUUAGAGAGAGAGGAAGGGGAAGGGAGAGAGAGAAACAUUGACGAGAGAUAGAAACAUCAAUUGGCUGCCUC